UCUUGCCAGACGUCUGCGCACUUUCUUUUAUGAAGAAAUCAAAGUGUGAAGAAACUAUUAAGCGCCGGUCCAAUGUGACGUACCGAGCCGGAGAUAUGUAACCGUUAUGAGCUGACGUCACGAGCGCGCAACAAGUCGACACCGGCAACGGACCAAUGGCGGAGAAGCAGGGACAGUGGUGCAUCGACGAAGCACAAGCCCUCCUCAGUCUACCUAUGGUGGCUAGAUACUGCCAGGACACGUAUGGUUGCGCAAAGGAGGACUCAUGUCGUUGGAACAAAGCUGGCGACGAUGUAAUGAUGUCAAGGCGAAAACAGGCCAAACCUCAACACAUAGACAACGUCCAGGAGUUGGCAUCUCUGCUAGAAAACGGAAUCAAUUCUAGUAGUGAUACUGACGAAGAUGAACAUGUGUGUGGCAAAUGUAGGGCCGAAUUCACAGAACUGGUGACUUUUCUCCAGCACAAACAACGUUGUACCAGCAAGAGACCGGUUCUUCUUUCCAGCGACGAACCAUCGGCCCAUCCUUUGGCGGAAACGACUGACGAAGAUGGAGCUAAAUUCAUCACUUUCUAUACAAAUGGUGAUUUGCUUACUUUGUUACCGAAAAAGUACGGAGAUGCAAACGGCGACAUUCCUGAUAUCUCCUCUGAGGCUGCCAGAGAAGAACCAUUGCAACCUUCCCAUCUACCUCAAAAUUUCAUUCAUCAGCAACUUGGUACUUUUGUCAUAAAAGAUAACGAUAAGUCUCGAGCUCCUCAGCUUGUCGCUCUCCAAACGGCACUUUCCACAUUGCAGCAGCAACAAAUGGUUCAGUUGCAGGUUAUUCAAGAGUUACAGUCUCAAUUGAUGGGAACGUCGGAUGCUUCAGUUUCCGUCUCUUCUUUUCUUCCUCUGAUCGGCACCGCGGCUCUUACACCGCCUCAAAGCAGCGAUGCUAAUCCCGGAGCUCAGGCACCAACUACCUCUGCAUCAGCUCCCACACCAUCUCGAACUUUAACAAACACUGCCAACUUGCCAGUAACUUCCAGUUCUGAUAAACUUGGUCAUUCUCCUUCCAAUACCCCCUUACUGCCAAUAAAUGAGCCGAAUACACUGGAAUUGCUGCAGAGACACACAGAGCAAGCGCUUCAAAACACUAUGGCUGGCAGUUCUUUUCUCUUAAAUGGCAUAAAUGGCAAUAGUUCGGAAAUAUUAAAAUUUCGCAAGAAUAAAUCAGGAAGUGUCAGAUCGGAUGACCCUUCCACUCGUCAUAAAUGUAGGUUUUGUGGAAAAGUGUUUGGUAGUGAUAGUUCAUUGCAAAUUCAUAUUCGAUCACAUACUGGUGAAAGACCUUUUAAAUGUAAUGUUUGUGGAAAUAGGUUCACUACAAAAGGGAAUCUUAAAGUUCAUUUUCAACGUCAUAAAUCGAAAUAUCCCCAUAUAAUCAUGAAUUCAAAUCCAAUACCUGAAUAUCUCGAUAAUCUCCAUCCUCCCUUAGAACCACCGAGUGAUUCUCAAAAUGCCGCAACAACAACUUUUGCACAACAAUCAGAAAAUUUUCCUGUGGAACAAGGCGAAUACCAGCAGGAAUCGGGAAGAAUCGAGACUAUCUCGCCACCAAAUAUUUCCAAUUCCUCCGACGCUACAGAAGUUUCUGGUGAAGAUUCGAUUCCGCCGGAAGAUAUGGAGAGAGAAGGCGACAUGAAAACCGAUCCCGAAGAUCCAGAUGAGAGGCGGCACACUCCUUCCGAUCAACAAAGUGAAAUGUCCGAUAAAGAACUCGAUGCAGAAGGAGAACAUCCUACUUCAGGAUCAUUAAUAACAUCCCUAACAACUACAUCAUCUCCUUCUUUCAGCUCUUUCUUUCAUGCAGUGUCCUACGCUCCCACCGUUGCUCCUCCUCUCUGCUUUGCUCCAGUUUCGGGAUCUGGAAAUAAAGCCUCUGCAGAUUCUACUCUGGAAUUGGAUCCUGCAUUUUAUCAGAAUCUUUUGCCUAAACCUGGAACGAACGACAGCUCUUGGGAAAGUUUAAUGGAGAUUACUAACCCAUCCGAAACGACAAAACUGCAGCGAUUGGUAGACAAUAUCGAACACAAACUAACAGAUCCGAAUCAAUGUGUUAUAUGUCAUCGCGUCCUGAGUUGCAAAAGCGCUCUUCAAAUGCAUUACCGGACCCACACGGGUGAAAGACCCUUUAAGUGUAAGAUCUGUGGAAGAGCAUUUACUACGAAGGGUAAUCUGAAAACCCACAUGGGAGUCCACAGGGUCAAACCACCUGUGAGGGUCCUUCACCAGUGUCCGAUAUGUCAUAAACAAUUUUCGAAUUCACUUAUUCUGCAACAGCAUAUUCGAAUGCAUACUGGAGAAAAGACUGAUGCAUCUAUACAAGAUAUCAAAUCUUUAUCACUUCUUCCUCCUUCGUUUCCUCGUCUCCCCCAACCUUUUACUACAUCAUCUUCCAAUAAACCCAUUGAUCAACCAGUUUCAAGUAUAAUUUCAGAUACAGUUAUCAGAGCAGCAACGUCUAUGCCAGAAAACAGUUUACAAUCCUCGACAUCGGCUGGAAAUACUCAAAUCAAUCUUCCUGUUGGUCGAGAUGAUAAACUUAUAACGGUAAUGGCGCCAAGCACAAGCAGCCCUACUUCCCAAUUGGCAGUAUCAUCAUAUACGGCAUCGUUAGCAGCUCUCGAGAAUCAGGUAAAAGCCAUUACUACCAACAUUCCACACCCUAUACCGUUUUCAUCUUUUGGAAUGGGACUUUCGGUUGGACUUAUGAGACCCGAAUCAUCGUUUCACGGACGCUCGGACAAAUCCCCCUCGUCGGUUUAUUCUCCCACGUCUGUGAAUAGCAGGCCUGCAUCUGAGACUUCUGAUGAGCGAUCAACACCCGGAUCUGCCGUUAAAUCGGAAUCACCAUCCAUUUUAGCUCCUUCUAAUUCAUCAUCGGUAAUCACAUCAAUAAGACAAGAAGGAGAAAUAGCAUUGGAUUUAACUCCAAAAACUACAUGUUCUACGACUCCUCCUGUAUCAGAUAUGAUGUCUAAACUUUUACCGCCUCCUUUGGUCGGUCUUCCCUUUGCUGCCACUCCAGGUCGUUUGAAUACAACAUGCAAAAUAUGCUUCAAGACAUUCGCAUGUCACAGUGCUCUGGAAAUUCACUACCGUAGCCACACCAAAGAAAGACCUUUCAAGUGCAAUCUAUGCGAUCGUGGAUUUUCCACUAAGGGCAAUAUGAAGCAACACAUGUUAACUCAUAGGAUUCGCGAUUUACCAUCUCAACUUUUCUCUACAUCGAGUUCCGAUUCUACUCCUUCCACCACACUUCCAACGCCUCCAUUACCUGUAAUCACUACUACCACGACGACUACUACUUCUACUACUACAACAGAAACUACAAAUAAACCAAUCGAACUAUCGCCUUCGGAAAUACAAAGAUCUGCAACUGAAGGAUCUCAAAAACAUCCUACUACAGAAAGUUCUCCUUCAUCUAAACGAUCUCCGAGUGUUCCUAAACAUUUUUGCAACAUGUGCAACAAGCCGUUUUCGAGCGGAAGCGCUUUACAAAUUCAUAUGCGAACCCAUACAGGAGAUAAACCGUUCAAAUGCACAGUUUGCGGAAGAGCUUUCACAACCAAAGGCAAUUUAAAAGUUCAUAUGGGCACACAUAUGUGGAACAAUCCUACAUCCCGACGAGGUCGUAGAAUGUCUCUGGAGCUUCCACUGUCUCCCGGUAGACCCGGAGAAUUCCCUACUUCUCGGCCGGAUGUAUUUUUUCCUUACUUUCCACCCGGAUACCUCAAUGGGAUGAAUGCUCCCAAGAUGAACGAGAUUUCGGUCAUCCAGACGGCCGGGCUUAGCAACGGAAACGUAGCUAAUUUGAUCAACAUCAGGCCCGGACAACAAGAAAGUAAUAAAGUUGAAGAUGAAGCCGAUAACAGGAAAUCCCCAGCACGCACUAAUGAAAGUUCUCCAACUUACCCUGCUCUUUCUCCCACUCCUCCAAUCACCACCGAGAGACCAGCUACAUGGGGAUGGAAAAUCGCGUGCAAUGUGUGCAGCAAGAUUUGUUCAUCAUCUUUGGAAUUAGAGUCUCAUCUAAAAACUCAUCAUUACGUGGAAGAUUCAACAAUUACCAAAGAACUGUGCGGACAAAGCCAGUAAUGAUCUUUUAUCCUCAAUUCUAGUCCUGUGUUAAUCUUUACUUUUUCUCGACAGAUAGGUUCUCUAAGCUAGAAUUCUCACUAUGGAGUGUAGGAAUGUUGUACAGCAGGAUGUGUACAGAACGAAGUCGCGAAACAACAACAGUUCCUAGCCAGUAUGAAGGCUCCUCUUCUAUCAACCAUUUCGACCAAAGAUUUCCCGACUUUUCCGGACGAUGCUGGGACAUGUCAUAUCAAUGUACAGAGUGGUCCAGGCGUAAGUCCCUCCUGUGUCUCCUUGUCCUCACCGUUCGUGUUUUUAUUUUGUAGUGUUCCCUUUCCAAAUCCUCAUCUCAUUAAUGUUAGAGUCUUACUCAUCCAGAAGAGCUGUCUGGAUCUCAUUAACAGGAGCAGAUUCAUCUGGAAAAGACUCUAUUUUCUAGUAUAGAAGUUCUAAACGAUUCCGAUACACAGCUUCCGGUAUCUAUCCCAACCAGUUGUCUUUCAUUGGUGUGUUUUAUUUUGUGUACGUUUUCGGCUGGAAGGAUUAGGAUGCGGUUGUGAUAAGGAAGAUUCACACUAUACUAUCGCAAGUAAGAGAGUAAAAGGUGCGGAAAGCGAUAACUGUGAUAUACUUUCCUCGUUUAAUCUAAUUUUAAUUAACAGUGACCACAUCAUUCCCGGCGGGAUCCACAAACCGGUAGCUGUGUAUCGAAUAAAUGGAAUCAUUUUCAUUUUUUGCUGUAUUUGUGACGUACAAGCAGAAAGCUAGCGCAUCUCUACACACGUGAUUUUAUUUCGGAUACAUCAUGGCGCCAUCAAAUCCCAGGAGAUUGCUAUUUUUGUAACAAUUGUAGCUAUUUUGAUGGCGCCGAGAUGUAAAAAACCUUUGAGUAUUUUCUUUUGUUCACGGAUUUGAUCCAUUUUUGUCUUUGGUGAGUGAUUGUCUUCGCAAUAUUUUCUGUCUAAUUUCUGUUCUUAUCUUUUUCCAUCUGUAAAUUUUCUUUCGGUUUAUAUGUAGGGAGGGAUGUAUUCUACAAGCUAGCUUUCUAUUUUGUCAUACGAAAACAUUGUCCAUUAAUAAAGCACUCUUCAAGGAGAUUUUCGUCUUUCUUUUCUUCUUAAAGCUCCACCAAA